CGUGUUCUCCAGAUCCAAAUGCUGUGGUAACCAACUUUCUUGUCAAAGAGUCUUGAGCUCAGGACUUCCGUCACAUGGUGUCAGCUAAGUUGACAUGUGAACCGAUGGCUGGUUGCUGAUCACCGGCCGGUCAGUGGCACUGCAUAGAGUUCGACCGUCCUGGCGCAGCACGCAGACGAUUGCAUCUUGCGGAUGUGUACGUUGCACACCUCGCGAAAUUCGAGGCGAAUCGAGUCGAUUAUCGACACCGUGAUGAGAGCAAAAUUCUCCCGUGGAUGGGGCUGCAGUGACUGGGCCGCCGAGUGCGAGGCAACGCGGCACUUUCCACAUCGAAACAGGCGAGGAAUAGUGAAAUGCGUAGACUUGCGCCUUUGUUCGCAGCGGUGGUGUCACUCACGGCGCCGUCGCUAGCCCUGGAAGUCAGCGUCUGCGGCGACGCCACGUACGAUCUGCCUGAGGACCGAGGAGUGAUCUGCGCGUCGGCCGAUCCCAUCCCGCCAGGCACGGCCUGCCCGCUCAAAGGAGACAAAGCGAGCACCGACUGCUUUGAAAAUCUACCUUCGUAUGACGGUGGCGCCUGUGUGGCGCCCGAAGACGCAGUGUGUGCUUUAGUGAGCGAAAAAACAUGGGGUUGCGUGCUUCCUUCGGUAGGAUGUGGAGGUCAAGCACUCACGACGACUGCUCCAGCUUCUCCAGUACAUCAGUGUGAAACUUGGAAUUAUGAUGAAGAUGAAGACUUCGCCUCAAGUAUUGACUCGGAGGCGCUAUUCGACGGAAACGAGGACUAUGAUGAAAGCUGGUUCGUGGAAGUGACCAAAGUGACAGUACUGUUUGCAUGUGGAACCGACAAGCCCACGGCGGCACCGACGUCAGAGCCCACUCCAGCGCCAACUUCGGUAUCCGCUCCAACGCCCUCUCCAAAAUCCGAUUCGACGGACGAAUCAGCAUCGGAACCAACACCCGAACCGACCUCAAAUACUGAAGGUGCAUCGUCAUUAGAUACUACAGAAACUCAAACGCAAGACUCUGGAGAUUCAUCGAUGCCUGAUGCUACACCAGCGCCGACGGACGGGGCGGAUUCAUCAUCGGGCCCCUCAGGAUCCAAUGCCACACCAGCCCCGACUUCAAACACUACCGAUGAGUUUUCACCUUCGGACAGUGAAGAUGGCUCAGCAUCGGAUAGCGCAGAUUCGUCAGAAUCAGAGCCAACCCUGGACGUUACGGAUCAAUCAGCGUCCGAACCCACACCGGCACCGUCGGACUUCACUGACAGCACAACAUCCGACACAGCAAAUUCAUCCGAGUCAGAUCCAACCCCAGCGUCGACGUCAGAGGGUGAAUCGGGAUCCGAGCCCACUGGGAGUUUGACACCGGAUACAGAUACAUUAUUGUCAGAGCCAACACCAGCUCCAACCUCAGGGACGACGAAGGGGUCAACAACGGGGAGUACGGAUGCUUCAACACCUGAAGUCACUCUAGCAGUAACGAAGUCCGAAGCACAGCAGGGCUCAGAAGGCACUCAAUCCUCAACAGCAAACGAAGCUGCGGACGAAACUUCGGCAACGAAGCAGUUGACGGGGUUCACCGAUGUCGCGAUGUUGUCAGAGCCGUCGAACUUCGUAGGAACACUGAAGCCUGCAAGCAUACCUGAUGCACCAAAAGCAUACGACAAGCCCUCAAGAUAAAAACGAAAGCGAGGAGAAAGAGCUCAGAAAACUGCGGCCUCGUAUAGGGAGGAAAUAUGGCGUACAGCGCCAAGGAAUUCAUUUAAUAUUAAGGGCUCUUCGGUUUCUUCUCUUGACCAUGUUAGCAUGCGCCUUCAUGUUCGAUGUCAAGAUGGUUUGCUGGGUCGUUGCACG